CAAAUUAAAACAUACAGAUAUACUUCUAGUUGAGGUAGCAAUAAUAAUGGAAUCGAAUGGUGUAGACUAUGCUUCCAAACUGCUUGAAUCUCAAAGCCAUGUAUGGCACCAGAUUUUCAGCUUCAUAAAUUCCAUGUCCCUCAAAUGUGCAAUUGACUUGGGAAUUCCAGAUGCCAUACACAACCAUGGCCAACCCAUGCCACUCUCAAAACUCAUUUCUUCUCUACAAAUCCAUCCCAACAAAACACAAUUCAUCCACCGCUUGAUGCGAAUUUUGACUCAUUCUGGCUUUUUCUCUAAACAAAUCUCUUCCAAAGGCGAUCCAGAAUCGAGUUAUGCCCUAACCGACGCAUCCAUGUUGUUGCUUAAAGACAACCCCAUGAGUCUUUUCCCUUACUUGUCCGCCGUAUUUGAUCCAAUUUUAACAAAGCCGUGGUGCGAGUUGCCAGCAUGGUUCAAAAAUGAUAGUCCCACACCGUUCUACAUGACACAUGGGAUGGCACUUUGGGAAUAUGCUGGCGUUGACCCAAGACUCAAUAAGCUCUUCAAUGAUGCCAUGGAAACCGAUACUCCAUUUGUUUCAAGUAUUUUGUUUGACAAGUGUAAGGGUGUGUUUGAAGGGUUGGAGAUUUUUUAA